CGGGACUUCCGACAGCGCAGGUUGGACAUAAAGUGACAGACUUCACCUCCUUAAAAUUGGAAGAAAACCCGGAGGACGAUGCGUUACAAGUUUUAAAACAAUUGUAAUGAUUUUCAGACAUGGACGACAUAAACCUUCAUUAUCGCUUUCUCAACUGGAGGAGGCGAAUCCGAGAAAUUCGUGAGGUGCGAGCAGUGCGAUACAAGGAGCGGCUCAAAAGGAUGCUGAGAGAGGGAGACAUACUUAGGUAUCAUGGGAAUUCAGAUGAAGUUGGCUGUUUUGUUGCAGCCAGACCGUUGUCGAGAAGAAAUCGCUAUUUUGAAGUGACCAUCGUCGAUACAGGAGUGAGGGGGAUGAUCGCUGUUGGUUUGGUGCCACAGCUCUACAAACUGGACCAUCAGCCGGGCUGGCUCCCACACUCUGUGGCUUUUCAUGCUGAUGAUGGCAAGCUGUAUAAUGGCAACACUGUGGGACAGCAGUUUGGUCCAAAAUGCUGCCGAGGCGACAGAAUCGGCUGCGGAAUCUCCCUGGACUCUGACGAUGGACAGCUGACAGUGUUUUUUACCAAGAAUGGUAAAGAAGUUGGCAACGUGGAAAUCCCAGCAUCUCCUGAAGCUCUCUACCCCGCUGUGGGAAUGCACUCUUUGGGGGAGGAAGUUCUGCUGGACCUGAACGCUGAGUGGGGGAUGGAAGAUGAUGAUGGACAGAUGAUUGUGGACAGUCAUGAAGAGGACUGGGGCCGUCUCCAUGACGUCAAGGUGAUUGGCACGCUGCUGGAGUACAUGGGGAAAGGGAAGAGCAUCGUGGACGUGGGCCUGGCUCAGGCCCGUCGGCCUCUCAACACACGCUUCCACUACUAUGAACUGGAGAUCACAGAUGCUGGAGAAAAGUGUUACAUCGCCCUGGGGCUGGCACGCAGGGACUACCCUAAAAACAGACAUCCAGGUUGGAGCAGAGGGUCCAUAGCUUAUCACGCAGAUGAUGGGAAGUUGUUUCAGGGCAGCGGGGUCGGGGAUGCGUUUGGACCACGCUGCUUUGAAGGAGACAUUAUGGGCUGUGGGAUCAUGUUUCCACGUGACUUCAACCCUGAUGGUGGAGAUGACGUAGAUGACUGGGACCUUGACGUGUUUCCCAAGCCCAGCGAGGUUCAGAAUGACUUGUAUGCAAACAAUGAAGAUGAGGAGGAGGAUGAGGCAGAAGACUUAGAGGGGAAGAAGGUCAUGGUGUUCUUCACUCGCAAUGGAAAGGUGGUGGGCCGGAGAGAAGUGGCCUUACCGGUAGGAGGCUUCUACCCCACUAUUGGCAUGAUGAGUACUGGGGAGAAGGUCAGGGUGGACCUGCACCCCCUCAGCGGCUGAGCCGAGAGAAGGAAAUGAAAACCAAGUGGUGAAAUCAGAGCGAGGAGGAAUGAUUGAGCUCUGGUACAUUUUGGAGAUUGGACAAUAAAUACACUGUUGAAAAAAAUGAAGGGAACACUUAAAUCACACAUCAUAUCUUGAUGAACAAAUUGUUCAAUUUGAAAAUCUUUACUGAUAUACAUUGUAUAAUUUGUUGAGAACAAAAUGACGUAGCAACGGUCAAUGGAAACCAAAAUCAUCAACACAUUGAGGGCUGGAUUCACAAUCACACCGAAAAUCAAAGUGAAAAAUUGAAAUCACAGGCUGGUCCAACUUGUGUGAAUUUCAUCACGGCAACUCAUAAUGUGACUCAGUAGUGUGUAUGGCCCCGCGUGCCUGUAUGCACUGCCAACGAUGUCUGGGAAUGCUCCUGAUGAGCCAGCGGAUGGGGAUUUCCUCCCAGACCUGGAUCAGGGCAUCAGUGAGCUCCUGGACAGUCUGUGGCAGUACUUGGCGGCGUUGGAUCCAGUGAUACAAAACGUCCCAUAGGUGCUCAAUUGGAUUUAGGUCAGGGGAACGUGAAGGCCAGCCAAUGGCGUCAGUGCCUUCGUCAUCCAGGAACUGCCUACACACUCUGGCCACAUGAAGCCGGGCGUUGUUCUGCACCAGGAGGAACCCAGGGCCCACUGCACCUGCGAAAGGUCUGACAAUCGCUCUGAGGAUUUCAUCCCGGUACCUAACAGCAGUCGGGGCACCGUUGGCUACGACAUGGAGGUCUGUGCGACCCUCCAAGGAUAUGCCUGCCCAGACCAUCACUGACCCGCUGCCAAACCGGUCGUGCUGGAUGAUGUGACAGGCAGCAUAACGUUCACCACGGUGUCUCCAGACUCUUUCACGCCUGUCACAUGUGCUCAGUGUGACCCUGCUCUGGUCUGUGAGGAGAACGGGGCGCCAAUGCAAAUUCUGGUGUUCUCUGGCGAAUGCCAAUCGAGCUGCACGGUGCUAGGUCCCACAGGUCCCACUCCUGGAAUCUGUUUCUGACAGUUUGGUCAGAAACAUGCACACAAGUAGCCUGCUGGAGGUCAUGUUGUAGGGCUCUGGCAGUGCUCCUACUGUUCCUCCUCGCACAAAGAAGCAGGUACCGGUCCUGCUGCUGGGUUGAUGCCCUUCUACCGCCCUGUCCAGCUCUCCUCGUGUAACGGGCGGUCUCCUGGUAUCUCCUCCAUGCUCUUGAGACUGUGCUGGGAGACACAGCAAACCUCCUUGCGACAGCACGUAUGGAUGUGCCAUCCUGGAGGAGCUGGACUACCUGUGCAACCUGAUUGGGCUGCAGGUUCCACCUCAUGCUACCAGUAGUGACAAAGACACUAGCAAAACACAAAACAAGAGAAGAAUCAGUCAGGAAGGAUAAGGAGAGGGCAAUUGUCUGUGGCCACCACAUGCAAAAGCUUUCCCUUUUUGGGCGUUGUCUUGCUUUUGCCUCUCCAUUGCACCUGUUGUCACUUUCAUUUGCACCAAAGCAGGUGAAAUCACAAUCACUUGUGCUGACAGAUUGAUAUCCCUGAAGUUUAACUGACCUGUUGUUAUACUGUGAUGAUUAAGUGUUCCCUUAAUUUAUUUGGGCAGUGUAAUACCUCCACAUCAACAGGCUCCAAGGUGUUACUUGAAUAGUCACUCCAGUGUAGCAGGUUACUGUGGCUCUCUAGUGCUGUAAGAAUGAAUUAACAUGCUGGCAGAAAUUUUUUUUUUUUUAUCAAGAAUUAUCAAAAUAAUGAAUGUUAAUAUUACAUGUGUGCCUAAGAAAAUCGCUUUAUAAUGAAAUAGUUUUAUACUGUAAGAAAUAACCAGUCAGAGGUUUUAAAGGGUAAAACACUAUUUUUUGAAAUCACACUCUGUAAAGUUAGUAAAAUGCCAAAAAAAAGGGUCUGACCAGAAUAAUGAAUGUAAAAAUCCAGAUAAAGUGGGGCCCCGGCUGAAAAAUGGACCCCAUUUGUCCUCAUAAGAGGAACAUUAUCAGCAAUAAUAUACGUCAGCAGACAUGUAGCGCCGCUCUCACAGCCUGCAGCCAUACUGUGCUCAUUACCAGAGGUCUGCUGUACUUCUUCCUAUCGAUGGUGUAUUAGUGACACUCAGUGGUGAGAGUGGUAAGUCUGCAGAAAUCAUGUCCGGAAAGUCUUCCAAAGAAACGGCAGUGCACUGAACGAACAGUGAGUUCACUCUCUAUAAAACCAGCUGCUCUAUCACUGUGGUUCAGUUCAGGUGUGGGUGCUUGUUCUGACAUGGAGUCAUUCCAUAGAGUUAUUACUGCAUAUUCAGUAGCAAAUGUGCAAACCACAUUCAUUGGGAAUUAUGGGAUAAUUAAGUGUAAUAACAAUUUGUUGAAACUGAGUCCAAACCAUCAUUAUGACCUUUUAUCGUUUUAUUGGAAUACGCUGUUUCAAAAAGCAAAACACAAGGUUGAUUUGACGAUCAUGACGAGCUGUUGUCCUUUUUUUUUUUUUUUUUUUUUUUUAAAUCAGGUUUGAUGUUAUCAUAAUUGUGAUAGACAUGAAACACAUGCACAGGUAAUAUUUGUGAUAAACAUCUGCUUUUAAAAGAUAAGCAAAACCAAAACCAUGUCAGAAGAUGAACUUCAAACAGAUGUAGACCAAUAAUGAGUUGACAUUUCUUGUUUUGCCUCUUGCAAUUUGCUCUACAUGUUUUUCCCUCUACAGAGAUCCUUGGUGUCCAAGUGUAACUAGUGCUUUACAUGUCCUCUGAGAAUGUACCUUAUCAUUGGGCUUACGCACAAACCGACAGACAGUAAAUACCUCAUCUCCAGUUGAUUAAAGUGAUGCCAAACUUUUUGGUUUCCUUUUCUUCUUUAUUUCUAAAAAUCUGAACUUAGAUCUUUUUGAGAAACUGGAGCAUUUUCACAAAUUGAAGAUGACAGAAAAAGAACACUUUGGAAGUUAGUAUGGUAUUAAAUGUAUUUUCUCUGGAUCAUUCAUGUAUUUUGGAUGAAAUGGAAACCAAUUAUCUAAAAAAAAAAAAAAAGAGGAAAAUCAUGAAAAACAAAUUUCUUGAGUAUCAAACCCUGUCAGGACAACAACAUUAAGGAGGUAUAAUAGUACAUUUCUGAGUAGUUCCAAAUUUUAAUAUUUUAGGUCUGAAUGUUAAAAAUGAAGCCAUAACUAAGAUUUGCUGCUCUCAGGUAUUUGAAAAUCAAAAUGACCUAGUCUUUUCUAAGAUCAUUUGUGUGACUUUGCUGUAAGUUGAAUUCAGCAAUUGUUUGCCACAAGUUGUUAUUUUCCAGUGAUACUUUUUUAAAAUAUUUUUGAGAUGAGGGCACUUGCUUUGGCAUCAGUUCAUACUACACUCAUGACAGGUUUCUCUGCAGAUGUGUUUUGCAAGUUGUUGAGUCAUUCAUGCAAAAAUAACAAAUAGGCAUUCACUGGUGACAGCUGCAACUUGUGAAGGGUUUUAACAUUUACCUCUAAUGCUGUUUAUUGAUGUUCCUUUUUUGUUAAUCUGCCAGAAAUGGUUACCAUUGUGCACUUCAUCAAGAUACUAUGUACACUUUACAGUAGAAUACUGAUUUGUCAAACUUCAGUUGUCUAAAACAACCAGACCAAACGAUGAAAAAGAUCCAGUUCAAUAAUACACCUUGUAGCAGGUGACGGAAAUGCUUUGUUUGUUUGUAAAACUGCAUCCACACUGAAAACCUCAUAUUGCAUAUCAUCCUAAAGCUUGAGGACUGUGCAGGUCACUGAAAAGAACUAAACACACCUUUACUGGAGGAAUUCUUGCUGGAAUAUUCAUUUGAAUAAGGGCCAUGAAAUGCCCCUCUGUGUUGCAUAAAGGCUGUACUCCUGUUUGGGUCUUCCACUUUUCCUUAUCAUCGUCCAGUUCUGGUCACACUGUGUGUUAAUCAUCAUCUUCGUUCACAGGAGCUAAUAAUGGUCCUCUGCUGCUGCUGCUUAUCUGCGACAUGCUACUCACAAUGAUCCCUUCUUUGAUAUUUUUGAAUCACGUUUAAUGUAAUCAGGUUAUCUUUCAGUCUCUCCCUGUCUUGUUUGUUUUUUGUAUCAUGUUGACUUUUCUCUCAUCCAUUCUGUCUCUUUACACUUAAAGCAAUCGGAUAAACAUGCCAAAAAUAAUUAAAAGCAAUGUUCACAUUCAUUGCA